UAUAAGGGUUGGAAGUCAGCAAGUUUUUGGGGGGGGCGUCAAAGCAAAAAAUGAUGAUUAAGAAGGAAAAAACCAGCAACGAAAUGGGACACAAACAAGCAGAACAGAACAUCCUCUGCUUUGAGUCAAUUUAUGUGGGAAACUCUUCGAAUUGCGAUUAACAUUCUGCUCUCUACAUCAUAAGUUGAGCUUCAAAACUCGCAAGCAUGGAGGUAUAUGAUCAUGGCGGCUUAAAAAGUGGCAGUUCUUGCCAUAAUCAUCAAUUCAAGGAGGAAACUUCUUUGAGAUCAAUUUCUCUUCUCCCAAUAGAGCUGCCAGAAAUAUCGACACUCGGUUGGCCACUUUUAAGGAAAACUGCAGAUGUGAGAGAAGAGGCUUUGAGAAUAUCUGAAGCUAGGAAUAUGUCUGUGGUUGAAUGGGUGAUGAGCCUGCCUAGUCGAUCCACGGUUCAAAUUUUACAGAACCAGAUUGAUCUGGGUUUGAAUAAAACAGACAUGUCUUUCAAUAGGAAGGUUGUCAACUCCACCUUUGAAGAUGAUGAAAGAGUUCGAGGUAGCAGGAAGCCUGAAGAUGAGAACUUUGGCCUUGUCUGUGAAUACAAAGUAGAAGUUUCCUCGAGUUCAGCUUCUUUCCAUGUAGAAGAGUCUCCACGAUCAAGGCCUGGUUGGCCUCUUCGUCGGAUUGCAGCUUCUGCAAGUGUAGAUUCUUCAACAUAUUCUGAAGCUAAAAAUAUGUCUGCUGUUCAAUUGGUCAUGAGCCUGCCUACUCGAUCAGAUUCAGUAACUCCACAGACCCAAAAUGGUUUAGUUUCUAAUAAGAUAGAAAUUCAUAUUGAAAGACAGAUAAGUUAUUCUGGGGAUUUAAAGAAUUAUCGGAAAGCAUCAGGAAAACUACUCAAGGGUUUGGAGCUUCUCAUUUCUCCUUGUAGGUGGUUCAGCUACAAGGAGCUCAAUAGUGCAACUUCCAAUUUCUCCUCAGAAAAUCUUAUUGGAGAGGGAGGUUGUAGCUAUGUAUACAAAGGACAUCUUCCCUGUGGCAGAUCAGUGGCAGUAAAGAUAUUAAAAUCAUAUAAAGAAGCUUGGAUUGACUUCUACUCAGAAAUGAAUGUCAUCUCUACAUUGAAGCACAAGCACAUUACAUCUCUCAUUGGUGUAUGUGUGGAAGAUAACUUUCUUAUUUCUGUCUAUGACUUCUUUCCCAUGGGGAGUUUAGAGGAAAACUUACAUGGUCAUGAUAGUAUAUCUGUAUUGCCAUGGGAAGUGAGGUUUAAAGUAGCUGUUGCAGCUGCUGAGGCUCUAAAUUACCUGCACAAUGAAUGUUCUCCACCAGUUAUUCACAGAGAUGUAAAAUCUUCAAACAUUCUUCUCUCCAAUGAGUUUCAGCCACAGUUAUCUGAUUUUGGGCUUUCUAUAUGGGGACCAACAGAUUCAACUCAUGUGAUACAUGGUGAUGUGGUGGGGACUUUUGGAUAUAUUGCUCCAGAAUACUUCAUGCGAGGAAGGGUCAGUGACAAAAUUGAUGUAUACUCCUUGGGUGUGGUUCUUCUUGAACUGUUAUCAGGGAGAAAGCCAAUUGGUUCUGAGACCUCCAAAGGACAAAGGAGUUUGGUCAAGUGGGCCAAACCAUUAUUAGAGAGUGGGGAUCUUAAAGCAUUGUUGGAUCCAAAAUUAGAUGGGAAUUUCGAUGUGGAUCAAAUGCAUAGAAUGCUCUUGGCUGCAAGUCUAUGCAUUAGCCAGUCAUCUCGACUUCGUCCAAAAGUGAGCCAGAUACUAAAGAUAUUAACAGGGGAGAAGGAUGGCAAUGAGUGUGUCAAUUUCCAUGUCAUCGAUUUGAAAGAGAUGGGGAAUCAAGAUGACGAUGACGUUUUUCUUGAAUUUGGUUACAAGAGACACAUGAACUCUGCAUUGCUUCAGACAGAAAAUGACAGCAACUCACAAAGUAGUGGUGAGACAUCUCUGGGUAGUGCAGAAAAACCCCGACACUUCAUGUUGAAGGAUUACUUCAAACAACGGCAAGACUGAUCAUCAUCAAUCAAGCCAAAGGAACUGGAAGGUCGUGUACAUUUUUUGUAGUCCUUUGCGACAAGGGCAUCCUUGGUCUUCCCUGCAAUAACCAUGGUGAUUGUAGUUUUUUUUUUUUUUUGGAUUGUAGUUUAUUUUAGAUUGAGAGGUUUGUUUCUGAUAUUAUAUGUAUUUCCCCAUGUUUUGAUUUUGCUCAGAGAAUUCUAUUAUCACCUGCUCUCUGAU